GGCUACCAUAUGGUACUGCCAUUUAGGGCACAUGGAUUUGGGGGACAGAGAUGAAGUGAUUUCUCCAAGGUCAUGCUGAAUACAGAUUUCCUGACUCCCAGUCCUCUAGCCAGAGAACCACAGACUCCACUGACCUCCGCAGGUUUCCUCCUGACUAGCAAUGGCUACCAGCAAAUGAGCUGAAAGUCAAGUGAUACAGUGACGAGCUCACAGAUGCUUCCCCGAUUGCUGCUGGACAUUGUCAUUUCGGCCGAGGAUGAACAAGCCCAGAGACUCGCAGCAUGACCUGGAGCGGAGCCUCCCAGCCAUAGCGUCCAUGAGCACCUCCCUCUCGCAGAGCCAGGGCUUCUCCCCGCACUGUUACUUCCCGCCGGAGAAGAGGAAAGCCAUCUCGGAUGUCAGGAGGACUUUCUGCCUCUUUGUCACCUUUGACCUGCUGUUUGUCUCUCUGCUGUGGAUAAUUGAGCUGAAUGGGAAGAAAGGAGAUGAUCAGAGCUGCAUUUCCAAUUCUACAUGCAGCCCUCACCAGCCUGGCCUUAUUUAUUAUGACUGGAUCCCUAAGGACAUAUCAGCUAUUAUCUUCAUGUCCUGUUUACCUCGUUCAGAGUCUGCACUUAACAGUUUAUCUCAGUCCGCAGUUCAGUUCACGCCACCGCCCAGAAAUGAUACCAACAAUGGCAUUCAGAAGAACUUGGAGAUCGAAAUCAUUGAGUACCGGUUUAAAACCUCAUUCUUUGAUAUAUUUGUCUUGGCUUUUUUCCGGUUUUCUGUGUUACUUCUGGGCUAUGCACUCUUAAAACUGCGCCACUGGUGGGUCAUCGCGUUCACGACACUGGUGUCCAGUGCCUUCCUCAUCGUGAAGGUCAUCCUCUCUGAGCUGCUAGCCAAGGGGGCCUUUGGGUACUUACUUCCCAUCGUCUCUUUCGUUAUCGCCUGGCUUGAAACUUGGUUCCUGGAUUUUAAAGUCCUAUCUCAGGAGGCAGAAGAGGAACGAUGGUACUUGGCAGCACAGGCUGCAGCCUUCCGGGGCCCUCUGCUCUAUUCUGGAGCCCUCUCUGAUGGGCAGUUCUAUUCCCCUCCGGAGUCCUUUGCAGGAUCGGACGACGAGUCUGAUGAAGAAGGUGUGGGGAGGAAAGCGUUAACAGCCCAGGAGAAGGAAUACGUCCAACAAGGCAAAGAAGCAAUGGAGGUUGUGGAUCAAAUCCUAGCCCAGGAGGAAAACUGGAAAUUCGAAAAAAACAAUGAGUUUGGUGAUGUUGUUUACACCAUUGAAAUUCCUUUCCACGGCAAGACCUUUAUUUUAAAGGCCUUCAUGCAGUGUUCUGCUGAAACAGUCUACCAGGAGGUGAUUCUCCAACCUGAGAGGAUGAUCCUGUGGAAUAAAACGGUGGCAGCUUGCCAGAUCUUACAGCGGGUUGAAGAUAACACCAUUAUCUCGUACGAUGUUGCAGCAGGGGCUGCAGGGGGUGUAAUGUCACCCAGGGACUUCGUAAACGUGCGUCGCAUUGAACGAAGGCGAGACCGCUAUAUUUCUUCAGGGAUGUCAACCACUCAUGGUUUGAAGCCUCCGCUGUCCAAAUACGUCAGGGGCGAGAAUGGGCCAGGAGGCUUCAUUGUACUGAAAUGUGCCAACAAUUCCAAAGUGUGCACCUUCAUCUGGAUCCUCAACACAGACCUCAAGGGUCGGCUUCCCCGUUACCUUAUCCAUCAAAGCCUGGCAGCUACCAUGUUCGAGUUUGCAUUCCACCUGCGGCAGCGGGUCAGCGAGGUGUCGGGCAGGCCUUGAGCAGCAGCGCCUGACCCUCCACAGGACAUUCCUUCACCCUCUCUCAACGCGGAGUGGGGAACAACUUCCAAGGGGCGGGAGCGAGCCUGCCACGGAGCCGCCUGCGUGGAAUGCAGACCUCUUUCCUCCCCCCAGGAAGGGCUGAGCCAGACCAUGUACCAGGGAGGUGUAUCACUGCAGCAAUACUAACACUGGAGCAAGCUUUGCAAGAUUGCGGAAAGGGGGGUGGAUGCCUGGAGAGGCCCGAGGGAUGCCCCAGUCCCGCCCCACUCCCCCAGAUCCCUUUCUCUUCACUCCUCCAGUCAAGGAUCAGACUAACUGAGCUGCUAUGGGAAUCAGCGGAGACUUUUGUGAUUUAAACAUGUGCCAAACC